UGCUAGUUUCCUGAAAAUUAUAGUUUAGAUGCAUUGCAUUAAGGUUGGGGUAUUAUGAUUGUCUCCACCAAAUCGAGAACAUGAGAGGGUGGGAAAAUGGCGUUUGCUUCAAACUCGGUUCUGAAAACGCUGAGGCUGAAGAAUCCAAAGCUGGUGCUUUUGGAAUCAUGCAGCAACCUGAUCGACCUCACAAUCAUCCACGCCCACAUGCUCCGAACCCACUUCUUCUUCGAUGUCUUUGCGGUCAGUCGCCUCAUCGCUCUCUGCACAGACUCCAACAAGAACCUUCUCCACUACGCCAUAAGGCUAUUCCCCCAAAUCGAAAACCCCAAUCUAUUCAUCUUGAACGCCCUCAUACGAGGUUGUUCCACCAGCGAUGACCCCGCUGCUUCCUUUCGCUAUUACAUCCAAUCGCAACGCAUUGGUCUCUUGCCUGAUAACAUCACUUACCCAUUUCUGGUUAAGGCUUGUGCUCAACUUGAGAAUGCUGUUAUGGGCACGCAAGCACAUGGUCAAAUCAUAAAGCAUGGAUUUGAACGCGAUUGCUAUGCCCAGAACUCCCUCGUUCAUAUGUAUGCCACUGUUGAGGAUUCAAAGUCUGCAAGAUGCGUUUUUGAAGAGAUUUCUGGGUUUGAUGUGGUGUCUUGGACUUCCAUGAUUGCUGGGUACCAUAAAGGGGGGGAUGUUGAGUCUGCACGCGAACUGUUUGAUAUAAUGCCGGAGAGAAAUUUGGUGACUUGGAGCACUAUGAUUAGUGGGUAUGCCCGAAACAAUAGGUAUGAUAAGGCUGUUGAGCUGUUUCGUGUUCUUCGGAGUGAAGGGGUGGUGGCUAAUGAGCCUGUCAUGGUGGGGGUGAUAUCCGCUUGUGCUCAUCUGGGUGCUCUUGCUAUGGGGAAGGAAGCUCAUGAGUAUGUGAUUAUGAAUGGCUUGUCUUUGAAUCUGAUUCUUGGGACAGCUCUUGUUGACAUGUAUGCGAGAUGUGGAAACAUUGCGAAAGCUAUUCGGGUCUUUGAGCAGUUGGCCGAGAAGGACGCACUUUGUUGGACAGCUUUGAUUGCUGGACUAGCCAUGCACGGCCAUGCAGAGAAAGCGCUUUGGUAUUUUUCGGAAAUGGUGAAAUCCGGGCUAGUUCCGUGGGACAUUACAUUUACGGCGGUGUUGACAGCUUGCAGCCAUGGAGGAUUGGUAGAUAGAGGCCUAGAAAUAUUUGAGAGCAUGAAACAUGAUCAUGGAAUUGAGCCAAGAUUGGAGCAUUAUGGAUGUAUGGUUGACCUACUUGGCCGUGCAGGGAAGUUGGCGGAGGCGGAGAAAUUUGUUCUUGAAAUGCCCAUAAAGCCGAAUGCUCCGAUAUGGGGAGCAUUGCUAGGAGCUUGCCGGAUUCACAGAAAUGCAGAGGUUGGGGAGAGAGUUGGAAAGAUUUUGAUAGAGAUGCAACCAGAACACAGUGGUUACUAUGUGCUGCUUUCAAACAUAUAUGCUCGCACAAACAAGUGGAGAGAUGUUACCAUUAUGAGAGAAAUCAUGAAGGAAAAAGGAGUAAGAAAGCCUCCUGGGUAUAGUCUCAUUGAGGUAGAUGGAAAAGUUCAUGAAUUUACAAUUGGAGAUAAAUCACACCCAGAAAUCGAGAAAAUAGAGAGAAUAUGGGAAGAUAUACUGCAAAAAAUAAGGCUGGCAGGAUACAUUGGAAAUACUGAUGAAGCUUUGUUUGACAUAGAUGAGGAAGAAAAGGAAGAUGCACUUAACAGGCAUAGUGAGAAGCUGGCAAUUGCAUAUGGAAUUAUGAAGAUUCGAGCUCCUUCACCGAUUCGGAUUGUGAAAAACUUGCGGGUCUGUGAAGAUUGUCACACUGCUACAAAGUUGAUUUCAAAGGUUUUCCAAGUAGAGUUGAUUGUGAGAGAUCGAAACCGAUUCCAUCACUUUAAAGAAGGCACGUGUUCUUGUAUGGAUUACUGGUGAUGAACUAUAUAACUGUCUUCAUAUAAAAAAUGUUCGUGAACUCUAUUAAAAAA